CAUCCGGGUCAUUAACUUUUGUUCAUCGUCUUCCAUUCGCUGGUUCCACGGUCCGCAACACUUGCGUUGACUCAAUUAGUGGACUCUUAUAACAACGUACUACAAAUGGCGAAAGUUUCAGAAGAGUACGAUUUUAGGGUCGUUCAAUGCAACGAGCCCCUGCCAUCAAAGCGCAAGCGAAAGACACGACGGGGCUCCAGUAGCGUGGGCGCCGAAGUGACUAAGCGACAACCAUUUCCCUUCUCCAGUUCAAAAGUCUUUCACCGUUAUCGCGUAGUGCCCGGCGCGCAGUGGUCCCGGUUGCAGAGCUACAGAUGUUUCCUCUUUCGGGGCACUCAAUUCAGGAUCGGAGAUUUCGUCAGGGUGGCAAACCGGUUGACCAGCCAGGACAACCCAACGGAUCACGCUGUCAGGGAUUUGAAGAGGCCCGAGAGAGACUGGAUUGCCUAUAUACUGGAGAUCAGGGCUGCUGACCAGUAUCAUGUCUUUGCCCGAGUAUAUUGGAUGUAUUGGCCCGAAGACAUACCAAAACGUCUCAUGCAAGACUUGACGCGCAUUCGUGGGCCAGAAAUAUUCCACAGAUCACAUGAAGUCAUUGCCUCUAAUCAUAUGGACAUCAUCGACGUGAUGAGUGUCAAUGGGCUCGAAACAGUGAAACCGAUGAGAAGUUCACGACGCGACGCGCGAAGCAGUCAACUGUUUUGGAAAGAAUCUUUUGAUUGCUUCCAGAAGACGAUAUCGGGGGACAUGGGAUCAAAGCAGUGAUUUCAUUCGACGGUAGGGCAACUGCAUUACGCUGGAUUCGCAUGGCUUAGUGUCAAGACUUGACGAUUGAGCAUAAAUAUUAUAAUAUUUAGUAAAGACAGUGAACGGGGCGGUUCGCCUUAAAUUAGAACGAAAAUAUUCCCGGGUUUGCCAACGA